GUGGACGUUGCUUCCCGUCACGGGCCCGACCCGAGAACCAUACAGACUUUUGACUGGUGUUGAAUAUGUUGUUGGAAGGAAAAACUGUGACAUUCUAAUUAACAAUGAUCAAUCAAUCAGUAGAAAUCAUGCUGUGCUAACUGCUGACUUUUCUGGAACUAACCUGAGUCAGUCAGAUGACAUCCCUAUAUUGACAAUAAAAGAUAAUUCUAAGUAUGGUACCUUUGUUAAUGAGGAAAAAAUGAAGAAUUGUGUUUCCCAAACUUUGAAGACAGAGGAUAGAGUUACCUUUGGAGUGUUUGACAGUAAAUUCAGGGCUGUGUAUGAGCCGUUGGUUGCAUGCUCUUCUUGUUUAGAUGUCUCUGGGAAAACUGCUUUAAAUCAAGCUAUUUUUCAACUUGGAGGACUCUCUGUAAACAGUUGGACAGAAAAAUGUACUCACCUCGUCAUGGCAUCAGUUAAAGUUACCAUUAAAACAAUAUGUGCACUCAUUUGUGGCUGUCCGAUUGUAAAACCAGAAUAUUUUACUGAGUUUCUUCAAGCGGUUCAAUCCAAAAAGCAGCUUCCACAAAUUGAAAGUUUUUACCCACCGAUUGAUGAACCAGCUAUUGGAAAUAAAAAUGUUGACCUAUCCAGGCGACAGGAAAGAAGACAGAUCUUCAAAGGGAAAACAUUUGUAUUUCUCAAUGCUAAACAGCAUAGGAAAUUAAGUCCAGCAGUUGAUUUUGGAGGUGGGAAUUCUAGAUUGAUAACCGAAGAAAAUGAAGAAGACGAAAGUUUUUUUUUAACCCCUGGAACAUGUGUUGUUGAUGUAGGACUGACAAGUACACAGACGUUGCUUCCUGAUUCUCAAAAGAACUUGGCUCAGUCCAUUUUGAAUAUACUCACAAGGAAGGGUCAUAGACCUAUUCCUGAGUCAGAAAUUGGAUUGGCCGUUAUUUUCAUGAAUACGGAGAACUACUGUGAUCCUCUGGGCCGGCCCAGUACAGGAUUAAAACCAACGGCUCCAGGGCCAAGCCUUUCCCAAGGUUGGUCAUUCGAUGAAAAACUAAAGCCAAGGGUCACAGGAAACGCCACAACAUGUGCACCUGAUCCAGAAUCAGAACAAGCUGACACAUGGUAAAGUUUCUCAUUUUCUCCACAUUAGCUUGUCAACGAAUGCUGUUUCAGCAGAGAAAAUAGGGAUCCACGUGGUUUCAGCCACAGGUCUGAUCAAUCCUAUCACAGCAGUCGAGGAUGUGUGAAUUGUGUACUGAUUUAAAAUGCCUGGGUUGUUUUUUUUGCUUAUAGGGAUUUGGCCUAUGAAUAAAAAUCAAGUAUGCGAUUCAUCUAUGUUGGGGGCGGGGCGGGGAUAACUAUUGCUAAAAUAGCACUUGACUGGAUUCAAUUUCUGGUUUUGUUUUCUUUUUUUAAACGCAGGGAACGGGAUGAAGAGAAUUCAGAAAUGUCUUCAUUCAAAGCAGCAAGACUAGAAAUGUCUUGUUCUCUUCUGGAACAAACACAAGCAGCUGCACUCACAACCUGGAAAAGUACAAAGCAGCAUCUGCCUCAGAAUGAGUCUGGACAAAGAAAAUCAGAUCAACCUAAUGCGAAAAAUGUCACCAAUAAAGGCCUCCCUACAGAAAAGCUAAUAUCAAACAAAAGAAAAGAAAUGGAUGAUUUGGCCUUAGAAGAUGAAGUAUUAGAACAAUUAUUCAAAAACACAAAACCAGAGUUGGAAAUUGAGGCGAGAGUUCAAAAGCAAGAUGAAGGUGUCAAUAUUAGGAAAAAACCAAGAUUGACUGUAGAAUCAAAUGGCCUUUUGAAUGAUGAAGCGAUAUCAGAAAGUAGCAAAGUAUCUCAAGAGAAUGAAAUGGGAAAGAAAUGUGAAAUCAAGGAAGAAUCACUGAGGUCAAAAAAAGAAGAGCUAUCCAACAAUGAUGGAUGUCAGCUGGGUGAUGAGGUGCUUCCAAGGAAGAUGCUCCUGACCGAAUUUAGACCUCUGGUGGUUCACAACACAACCUCCAGAAAUCCAGCCAUUGUGAACAGCAAUUACAGUCAAUCAAAGAAUUUCAAGAAAUUCAGAAAGGUUGCAUUUCCUGGAGCAGGGAAACUUCCCCACAUCAUCGGAGGCUCAGACCUAAUUGCCCAUCAUGCUCAGAAGAACACGGAACUAGAAGAGUGGCUGAGGCAGGAAAUGGAGGUGCAAAAUCAACAUGCAAAAGAAGAGUCUCUUGCUGAUGAUCUCUUCAGAUACAAUCCCAAUAUGAAAAGGAGAAGAUAACAGCAUUUGUACAGAAGACGUGGAGAAACAUUUCCUGGCAAGCCGUUACUUCUUGCUUCCUGGGGUACAUGAACAUAGUGUAUAGAAGUUGAAAUGACAAAUAUUGAAUGGCCUGCAUUUAUUAAAUAAAAUAUACAAGAUUCUAA